AUGUCAGUCUUAAGUAGACGGGGAGCGUCCUCGCUCCGGUACAUGACAAGCCCAUGCUCUGCUUGCUAUGUGCGGCCAUUUUCCGUCUUCAACCGUCCAAAGCCAAAUUAUCCCGGCCAUGUCCCAUUGACGACCGUUGAGCGCGGUGCUCUCGCCUUGGGUUCAGCAAUUGGCUCAUUGAUCAAUCCUCGACGAGCAGACCUCAUUGCAGCCCUCGGCGAAGCAACCGCAACUCCAUUCUUCAUCUACCGACUCCGCGACGCUAUGCUCUCCGACCCAACAGGUCGCCGCAUCCUCCGCGACCGACCACGCAUAACUUCCGAAACACUUUCAAUGACCCGCCUCCGCUCUCUGCCCGAGAACUCUGUCGGCCGCACAUACGCCAAAUGGCUCGACCGUGAAGGUGUGUCCCCGGACACGCGCGACAACGUACAGUACAUCGACGAUGAAGAAUGCGCCUAUGUCAUGCAGCGGUACCGCGAGUGUCACGAUUUCUACCAUGCCGUGACGGGACUGCCGAUUUUCGUGGAGGGUGAACUCGCUUUGAAGGCGCUGGAGUUCCUGAACACAUUGCUACCGAUGACGGGAUUGAGCUUGUUUGCGUUUGUGAGAAUGAAGCCGGCAGAGAAGGAACGAUUUUUGUCGUUGCAUUUACCGUGGGCGGUGCGAAGUGGGCUGGCGAGUAAGGAGUUGAUUAAUGUUUAUUGGGAGGAGGUGCUGGAGAAGGAUGUGGAUGAGUUGAGAAAGGAGUUGAAUAUCGAGCAGCCGCCUGAUCUCAGAGACAUUCGGAAGAUGAUUAGGAGGCAGCAGAAGGAAGAGAAAGAACGACUGAAGCAGAAAUCAGGCUGA